GAACUCGCAAAUAUCGAUGAACUUAAGCAGCCUAAUUUCUAUUCCCUAAAUUCCAUAUUGGAGGUUUUUAAAUUUUAAAAAACAAUAAUAUACUUAUUUACAUGAACAAGUAGUAUGAAGUGAAGGAUAAGCCACAAAUUAGACGAAUAUUUUGUUGUGAAAAACUCUUUUAACAAAAUGACUGAGACAUCUAGUGUAAUGGAAAAGAUACAACAAAGUCAAGAGAUUAUAAAAGAUACUUGGGACCGAGUUGAUAAAAUUCAGAAAAAGCUUCACAGCAAAUUACUGACAAUCGAUGAACGUGAGAAAUUAGAACAUGAAUUAGAAAAAGUACAAGAAGUUUUAAAAAAGAACGAAGAUAUUCUAAAGCGAUUACGACGCAAAAAUAGCCAAUCUUUUAUGGUUGCUGCAAGUUUAAUAUUCAUUUGUUUUCUCUUAUUUGGAAUUUAUUCUAUGUUUUUCGGAAAAGUUUAGAAAUUUUUACUAUUUUUUAUACAAUUUUACACAUUUUAAUACUAUUUUUUAUACAAUCCAUUCAACUAUGUAAAUAAA